GCGCGCGGCGGCCUGCACGGCCCUCCUGCCGCCGCACGCCGCGGCCGCGCUCCUCUCCAUGCUCCGCCGCCUCCGCCUCCGCGGCCACUCCUCCUUCUUCGUCCUCGCCGACCCGGCCCCCACCGACCCCUCCUCCCCCACCGUCCUCUCGCGCCUCUCCCGGGGCCUCCUCGCGCGCGCCGCCGCCGCCUCCCGCGCGCACGAGCUGCUCUUCGCGCGCGCCCUCCUCUUCACGGCCACCCCCGCCUCCCCCCGCCCCGAUGCGAUCACGCUCGCCGAGCCCCUCCUCGCCGACCUCGACGCCUUCGUCGCCGCCAUGGACGAAAUCUCCGGCGGCGCCUUCCUCCGCGCAGGCGACGGCGAGGUGGAUUUGGCCGCAUUGGCGUCCGAGGAGUUCCCCGAGCUGCCCUGGCUCAAGGCCAAGGGGUACUACGUGAUCGAGGAGUUCGUGGCCAACUGGGUCGAGAUCGCGCUGCGGAUGUCGUGGGCGGCGGCCGCGGCCGGGGGAGGCGCCGGCGGGAAGAAGGCGGUGAGGGUCGGGAGGUGCGUCAAGGAGAAGGCCGGGCUCGCGUCCACGGCCUUCUGGAGGGAGAAGGGGUAUGUGGACUGGUGGAUGCGGCUGGAGCCCCGGGUCAGAGCAAGGAUCACUGGGGCCUUCUUCGGGAAGAGUGCAAAGGCGCUGGCUAAUGAGAUUGAAGGAUCAGAUGUUGCUUCUAGUGAUUCUGGAUCAUUUCUUGCAGACAGUUUGUAUGGAAGUACACGGCAGUCUUUUUUCAGAAAGAAUCAACCUGGUUGUGGUGAUGUUGCAAGCAUUCUGUCUUGUAAAAAGAAGCCUGCUUUUGCUAAAGAAUUAAAAAGAUUGCUAGUGCUUCAGGAGAUAGUGUGUUUAAAGAGCAAUAUUACUUGCUGUGGCGGUGAUGCAAUCUUUCUCACUUCAUUAAUGUCAGCUGGCACUGUUGCUGACAAUAUACUCAUGAGAUUACGAAGACUUCUCAUGGUGGUGUCGAUGGAAAGUAUAAAUUUGGAACUCAUUGGGGAUGGAGCAUCAAAUAAUCCAAAAAAGAAUGUUGAAAAGACAAGUGUAGGUUCUCGAAAAGGAAAGAAGAAGUCUAGUAGCUCGAAAAAGCUAGCAGCGUCUUCCAAGUCGUCCAAGGACAAUGGAUGCAGUAGCACAGAAACCCGAAAUUCUAGGAUUGUGUCGAAAUCAAGCCAGCAGACUCCAUCUGUUCGAUGCACUAUUAUUGGACCCGCUUCUGAAGGAACUCCUUGCAAAGAAAUUGCACCAGUACCAAAGGCGGAGCAAGCUAUCAGGUUGGCGGAUUGCAAUAAUCAGUGUAACAAAAAGAAAAACAAACGUAAAGGGAAAGCAAAACUCUCUGAUCUUAUGAGAGCUGAGAACCCUGGACCUGGCAAACUGAAGACAGCUGUUGCUCAUGUUGCUACAGAAGCCUUGCAUAAAUCUGCCGAAGCAGUAGAUGCCCCACUGCGUGUCCCAUCUCAUGUGAAUACAUCCAGCAAUGACAUCCCUGAAGCAGUGGGUUGUUCUGAGUCUUCAAGUAUCUUUGAUGGAACUGAAGAAAAAGGCAUCAAAAGCAGCAGAAAACUGGAAGACACCUUAUGUUCUUCUAUGGUUAUCUCAUCAGUAACCACAGAGUGUUGUCAGAGUGCACAAAAACCUGCCAACUUUAGUGUGAAUGAGCAGAGCCCAUCACACACUAGUCUAAAUGAAUCCAUGGUCCAACCAUCUUUAUGUUCACCUUCCAGUAGUGAUAAUGUUUUAUCUGGUAAUCCAUGUAGAAACUCUGCUGACUCCUUGGUAAGAUCUGCACAGGAUAAGACUGGCUGUGAUAUAACACAGGGAGCUUUGCAUGGACUUGCUCCUGGUGUUGGUAAAGGAUACGAGAAACAAGUGGAUCAUAGUUCUGUUGUGACAACCGACAAACUUUUACCAUCAGUCAUUCCUGCUAACAUUCUCCAAAGUGCUAUAAGUGACAAUGGUACAGCAGUGAAGAAUGGUGUAGAUGAAUAUUAUGCAUUCAACCGGAACCUACUGGGAGGAACGUCAUACGAGUGGCCUAGUGUAGCACCCCAUUUUGUAUCACCUGAAAUGCAACAGCGCCCUGCCGCAGCAGACAGGUUGCAUCUUGACGUUGGUUACAGAUGGCCUACUCAAUUUAACCAACCUUUCAUUCCUGCCAACCAUCAGGUGAGAAGCUCACCAGUUGAAGCUGGAUGCAAUCAAAUGUUAUCUUCUCUGUCAGUGCCCUUAAGUUUUGAUUGGCCUCCUGUUUUCAGAGGUUAUGGUAAAUUGACUCAAAAUGCUGCUUUAAGUUAUGAUCCGGUAUUUGCCCCACAUAUGCAGUCUUCUGCUUGGCCUGGGUUUCCUGCUCAACUAAUUCAGAGAGGUGGCAUUUGCAGUGAAAAAGAUAGGAAAUAUUUUAGCGAUAGUGACCCAAGAAACACAUCAGAUGUUGGGGAUGAUACUGAAAGCUAUUGGUUUUCUGAAGAAGAAUCAGAUGGCCGCGCAACUUCUGGAAGAGAUAUUAAUCAAUAUUUUGGCGGAGGCGUGAUGUAUUGGAGUCCUGCAGAACAUGCCGGAACGGGCUUUUCUAGGCCACCAUCUCUUAGUUCAGAUGACAGUGCUUGGGCAUGGCAUGAGGCAGAUGUUAGUCGAGUUGUCGACGAUCUGGCUAUUGGGAUUCCAUCAUCAACAUAUAAUCCAACUGGUCCAUCGUCACCACCAUCCAGCCCAAGCCCAUUCUGUUCCCAGAAUGAACCUUCUGAUCCUUCCCCUCAGCCUGCUUGUCACUCAGUGGCAGGGAAUGACAUCAAUAAUGAAGCUUCACAUUCUCCAUCUUCCAUGCAAGACAGUCCUGAAGAUAAGAGUACUUCGGCUGUAAAGAGUCCAUCUUGUGCCAGUGAAAUAGUAAAGGGAGAUACAUUACCAUAUGCAAUGCUGCGGCCAAUAGUUGUUUCUAAUAUAUCACGAAGGCUAUCAAGAUCUGACUUUAGGGGUGGUCAUGAUCACAGGAGCCCAUGUGUGUCUUCGACCAGGAGGGAUAUACCUCUUGUAAGAAGACCUCCAUCACCAGUAUUACUUAGUGUUCCUCGCAUGCCUCGGCCACCUCCUCCCUCUCCUGUUGGAGAGUCAAGAAAACGUGGAUUCCCAAUUGUUAGAUCUGGCAGUUCAAGCCCGCGGCAUUGGGGGAUGAGAAGUUUGUUUUCUGAUGAUAAAAUUUUCAAUAGGGCUCAGUUUUGCUUGGAUGGCCCUGAAGUCGUAUGGCCUUCAUGGGUGAAUAAAGGCACCUCUACUGGUACACUGGUACAAUCAAUUGAGGAUACUGUCUUGCAGGACCACCUUGUUAAGAUUUCACAGCUUUCACGUGAUCAACAUCCAGAUGUUGCAGUUCCUCUGCAGCCACCUGAUAUGUUAAAUGGUUCACCUCACAAGGCGUCCCUUUCUUUGAUGCACAAUGCUCUACAUGAAGAAAUUGAUCAAUUCUGUAAGCAGGUUGCUGCUGCAAAUCUGGUGACGAAGCCCUAUAUAAAUUGGGCUGUCAAAAGGGUCACACGGUGCCUGCAAGUCCUCUGGCCCCGCUCGCGUACAAAUCUAUUUGGCUCAAAUGCCACUGGUUUGGCCCUUCCAACUAGUGAUGUAGAUCUCGUGGUUUCUCUCCCCCCAGUCCGAAAUCUGGAACCUAUUAAAGAAGCUGGAAUUUUGGAAGGCCGCAAUGGCAUUAAGGAAACAUGCCUCCAGCAUGCGGCAAGGUGCCUUGGAAAUCAGGACUGGGUUAGGAGUGAUUCCCUCAAAACGAUUGAAAACACAGCAAUACCUGUGAUCAUGCUUGUAGCCCAAGUACCUUGUGACAUAAAUAUGUCCAAUGAGUACCCUUCUGUUCUGGAUAGCUCACAAGAAAUUUCAGUCAAUGUGCUUGGGGAGCAAGGGAGCCCUCCUCGUUCUGACAAUUCUAGUUCAGAAGGCAGCAAUGCGCUUGCGGGCUCAAAAAUGAAUAAGGAUGAUUGUGAUGCUGUGCGGUCAAUUCGUCUUGAUAUAAGUUUCAAAUCACCAUCCCACACAGGACUCCAGACUACUGAGUUGGUUGGUGAGCUGACUCAGCAAUUUCCUGCGGCUUUACCCCUUGCCUUAAUCAUGAAGAAGUUUUUGGCAGAUCGUAGUUUGGACCACCCAUAUUCGGGUGGUCUAAGCUCUUACUGUUUGGUGUUGUUAAUCACUCGUUUUCUUCAGCAUGAACAUCAUCUUGGUCGGCCUAUUAACCAAAAUCUAGGGAGCCUUUUGAUGGAUUUCCUGUAUUUUUUUGGGAAUGUGUUUGAUCCACGCCAUAUGCGUAUUUCCAUCCAAGGAAGUGGAAUUUAUUUGAACCGAGAAAGAGGGCACAGCAUUGAUCCAAUUCAUAUUGAUGACCCUCUUUGCCCUGCUAACAAUGUGGGCCGGAAUUGUUUCCGGAUCCACCAAUGCAUCAAGGCUUUUGCUGAUGCUUUUGCAGUUCUAGAGAACGAGCUACUACAGUUCACUGCAGAAUCAAUGAAGAGAACCCGUGAGUCCACAAGCUACAGGAACUGUUGGGUUGGAAUGGCCUCUGCUUGUGUUCUAGACACUGAGUUACUACUGCAGCUGGUGGAAAAGAAGGUAUUCUAUUUAGUGCAGGCUUGUUCGAAGGUACAAUGCCAGCUGCCCUUCUCUUGCCUCUGGCUGCUUAGAACCCGAGACCGUUGAUUGAGGUAUUGGGCCGAAUUGGAUGCAAGAGCAAGAUGGUGCUGCACUCUGCACACAGAAGAUCCUUAACCUUGUGCCGGUGGUAUGUGCUGCCAAGGAUGCGGAAAUGGACUGGCCUAAUGAUGUGUGCUGCCAGACCUAUAAGGUCAGGGAGGAGCAGUACAGCAGAUCCGCACAGAACUCCAGAUCCGGAGGAGCACUCGGGAUAAGCUCUAGCAGAGGCUCUACAUGUUUCCUGAAUCAUCUGUUCUCUGAACCUUAGAAAAUGCUAAGGAAAAUCAGAACAUCUGGAACAAGUUCUUUGUGCUUUUGGCAGUCAACAUCAGCUUGUGGAACAGGAAAUGGAGAAAUUCUACGAAGGAGGCUACUUGUGUUCGGAAACAGAGUAGGAAGCAACUCCUACUUGGAGCUGGUACAAGGCUUGAUACCGGAAGUGGUGUCCGGUGUAGCAAAGCGGUUUUCAGAUCGUCGUUUCUCCGGAACAGCAAGAUUGUUCCUUGAACACACCAAGAGGGUAACUGCCAUGAUUACUGCCGUGAUCUUGAGUACCAGAUUCUUCGUUGCAGUUACUCGCCAAUGCGAUUGCCGAGCUACUCUUCAGUUACAGUCAGAGCAAUCUUUGUGGCAUCAGGGACAUGGUCAGGUGACGGCGUUGGCUUGUCUUAUAAAGGCAGACUUCGUUUCUUGCAGCUGAUGAGAUUCAAGUUGCUGCUUUUGUAGCGAAGCACACUUCGGUUCCUGCUUUUGUAGCGAAGCAGAUUUAAGUUACCGCUUUUGUAGUUUACUCCAACACAAAUUUGAAACUAGCAUGUUCUUGAUUUGUUGCGCUGAUGUAGUGAUGUUCUUGCGCUUUCUUGUGCAAGUAUCGAUUUUUGCUUUCUCUGUCACAAGCUAUUCUCAAAACUAAGAAUUCUUUGAAAAAAUUACACAUGUAGUAGAUGUUAAUGUGAUAUGUACACUUUGCAUUUCUUCUAAAGUAAUACACAUUUUGUGUGACAAAA